GUUUCCUGCGGAGGCUAAGCCGAGCUUCAUUGACUGACACCGGCUGUCUUUUUCCGGUGACGUUCUGCAGCUGGAGGUUAGGGAAAGCAAAGUUCCUGAAGCGAGAUGGAGGCUCCCCCUGUCACUGUGAUGCCCGUUACCGGCGGCACCAUCAACAUGAUGGAGUAUUUGUUACAAGGAAGUGUGUUGGACCAGGCUCUGGAAAGCCUCUUACAUCGCCUGCGAGGGUUGUGCGACAACAUGGAACCCGCCACCUUUACAGACCAUGAGCUGGUAUACCUGCUGAAAGGCCAACAAGGUAACCCUUUCAUCUUGCGUGCCCGCCGCUCGCUCUCGCAGCCCACAGCCCCGUGGCACCUGCGCUACCUGGGCCAGCCGGAGGUGGGGGACAAGAGCCGCCAUGCCCUGGUGCGCAACUGCGUGGAUGUGGCCGCCUCGCACAGCUUGCCCGAGUUCCUCAACGAGAUGGGCUUUCGCAUGGACCACGAGUUCGUGGCCAACGGGCACAUUUUCCGAAAAGGCGCCAUGAAAGUGGUGGUCAGCAAGCUGUCGCGAAUCCUGGUCCCGGGCAACACGGACAACACAGAGCGUCUGUCGCUGUCUUACUUGGUGGAGCUGAGCGUGUUGGCGCCUGCCGGCCAGGACACCGUGUCUGAAGACAUGCGCAGUUUUGCUGAGCAGCUCAAACCUCUGGUUCACCUGGAGAAGAUUGACCCCAGCAAACAGAGACAUUGAACAACCCCCUUUCUCCCAUGGAUGUGAAUAUUGACCCGAGCAAACAGAGACAUUGAAGGACCCCUCCAGUACUCAGGGAGAUGUUAGAGCUCUUGUUUAUUUUUACACAGUAUCGCCAUGUUACGUGAAAUGAAAUACAGCUCAGCUUUGACUUAAACGCUUCUUGUCUUUUUGCUUUAUUUAGGGAGCUUUCAUCCACUUACUUCAAAUGAUGGAUGUUUUGCUGCAAUUUUACUCAAGUGGCUUUGCUCACAAAUACAAUGCGUCAUCUUGUGCACAUGUGUAAUGUAGCACUCAUAUAGGAGAACUUUCUAACAAUUUAUCGAUGGCAGUUUGUAGUUCUCUCAAAGGUAGUUUUUUUUUUUCCCAACCUUGAUUGAGCCAUCACACUCAUUUUGAAUAAUAAAACAUUCACGGCACACCACCACACAAAAAUACUAAAAUAAUGUUGCCCUUGUCUAAAUUUACGCCCAAAUGCACUUACUCAGUGUGAUAUGUGGGUCUGUUUGAUUGAACACAAAGCUAAUAUACCAAACUUGCAGGAAGCCAUGAUUUA